AUGUUCGCCGCCGAGACAGGCGGCGAGGAAAUCGGCUCCGCGGACCAUCUUCUCGAGUCUCUUGGAUACACGCCCGAGCUGAUCCGUAGCCGCUCCACCCUGCAAGUCGCCUUCAUGUCCUUCGUUCUGGCCUCAAUUCCCUACGGUCUCUCCACCACUUUUACCUAUCCCGUCACCAGCGGUGGUGCCGCCAAUAUCAUCUGGGGCUGGGUUGGCGUCUCGUUAAUCGUCCUUUGCGUUGCCGCCUCAUUAGGAGAAAUCACGAGUGUCUAUCCGACCGCUGGCGGCGUUUACUACCAGACAUUCAUGCUUUCGCCUGUCAAGUGGCGCCGUCUCUCGAGUUGGGUGUGUGGAUGGCUGUACGUCGUCGGGAACAUCACCAUCACUUUGGCCGUCAACUUUGGAUCCGCACUUUUCUUGAUCGGCUGUAUCAACGUCUUCAAGGACAAGGAUGGCAACGACAUUUUUGAGGGCAAUGCCUGGCAGGUUUUCCUCAUCUUCCUGGCCAUCACGCUCCUGUGCAACGCUGUGUCGUCGCUGGGAAACAAAUGGCUGACGACCCUUGAUACUUCGGCCAUCUACUGGACCAUUUUCGGUGUCAUUGCCUUGGACGUGGUCAUUCUCGUUCGCGCCAAGGGUGGUCGCCAUACCGCCGAGUACGUCUUUACCGAUUUCGAGCCGAUUUCCGGUUGGCCCAAGGGAUGGUCUUUCUGUAUCGGUCUGCUUCAAGCAGCCUACGGAACCUCCUCGACCGGCAUGAUCAUUUCUAUGUGUGAAGAAGUCCAGGCUCCCGCCACGCAGGUUCCCAAGGCCAUGGUUGCCACGAUCGUUAUCAACCUCUUCGCCGGUCUUGCCAUGCUCAUUCCCCUCGUCUUCGUCCUGCCCGACCUUACGGAGCUUGCCUCAUCCGCUCAGCCCGUCCCGGUGAUUGUUCUGCGAGCUGUCGGUCACUCGGGAGGUGCAUUCGCCUUGCUCAUCCCUUUGAUCGCGCUGGCCCUCCUUUGCGGUAUUGGCUGCACCACGGCAGCUUCGCGAUGCACGUGGGCCUUUGCUCGCGACGGUGCGAUUCCCGGCUCCAAGUGGUGGAAGGUUGUUAACCGGAAGAUGGACGUGCCCUUCAACGCCAUGAUGCUGUCGAUGGUGGUGCAGAUCGCGCUUGGACUCAUCUACUUCGGCUCGUAUGCCGCUUACAGUGCCUUCUCGGGCGUUGGUGUCAUCUGCCUUACCGCCUCGUAUGCGUGCCCCAUCGCCGUAAGCUUGGCAAGAGGCCGCCACGAGGUCAGUGCAGGCAAGUUCCGCCUCGGCAAACUUGGCGUUUUUUGCAACGUUGUUGCGCUGUGCUGGUCGCUGCUCGCGAUUCCGCUUUUCUGCAUGCCGACGACGAUCCCCGUGGACCCGGAGUCCAUGAACUACGCCGCUGCUGUGUUCGUCGCUUUUGUGCUGCUCUCGCUUGGCUGGUACAUUGCAUGGGGGCACCGCAACUACGUCGGCCCGCCCCAGUGA